GAGAGGUUACAUUGUGUCAGCGCGCGGCUGCAGUGCAAUAUCGGGGCCGCGGCCCAAGCGACGGAUCCAGGCCGGCCCCCGAGCGCGACCCCCGGGCUGCCCGAGAGACGGAGCCCGGAGCAGCGGCCUCGCCUACCUGCGGGAGUGUGCCGGCCUCGUCCCAGCCGCAGCGCCAGGGAGAUGGGAGGAGACCCGUCCGCCUGACCUGGAGUGGCAGCCUGAUGGUAAACGGGCACCGUCCGGAGCUAAUUCCCCCCCGCCAACGGGAGAGCAGAGAUAAAUCCAGGCAGGGAAUCUGGGAAUAUUGAACUCAUCCCAUCGAGGAAAUCUGGGAGUAACGAGAUAAUCCCAUCCAAGGAUCUGGGAAUACCGAUCUAAACCCAUCGAGGAAAUCUGGGAAUACUGAACUAAACCCAGCCAGGGAAUCUGGGAAUACUGAGCUAAUCCCAAUUCAGAAUCUUGGAAUACCAAGAUCAUCCCACUUUGGAAAUAUCAAACUAAUCCCAGCCAGAAAAUCUGGGAAUACUUUGUUAAUCCCAGCCAGAGAUCUGGGAAUACCGAACCAAUUUCAGCAACAGAACUGGGUGCAUUGUGCUAAUCCCAGUGAAUAUACCUGGAACCUUGUGCUAAAGGGUUCCCAGCUAAACCCUGCCAGAAAACUAGGACGUGUGAAAUUUAUCCCAGCUAGGUCUGGGAAAGGUUUUUCUAAAUCUCCCCUCAGCUGCUAAAUUGUUCUUCCUAAUUCUGGAGCUGAUUGUGAGGAUCGGCCCUACCAGGGAAUAGCAUUGGCCCUUCUAAGUCUCUGGAAACCUCUGGCAGGCUUGUACCAAACAGAGUAAUUGAAGGUGGGUAGCUGCCUGCGUAAGAGUGUGUCGAGGAUUGGAGCAAAGGUCUGACACCGGCCUGUACUGGAGUGUUUCAGAAACAGCAGCAAAGCCCAGGGAAAUUGAAGAUUGUGUCGGCAAAUCCCGGCAGUGGGAUCAACAGGCUCAGUUGGAGAAUCCCGGCAGCAACAUUCCCAAAACCCCAGUUGUGGAGGGGGGUCAACCAGCUCCUGUGGUUCAGAACGUUUCUGGGAUGAGGACUGAACUUGAAAUAUUCCCUGGAAUCCUGUGAUCGCUCUGGUUUUCCUCUCGGUGACAUCAGGGCAGGAGAUUGCCAGGGGGGCUGGAGGAGUUGGAGAUCCUGUGAGGCCAGUGUUGGGAAACGCUCCCUCCCUUCUCCCCCACCCCUGCUGUUUCCAUUCUGUUGACCCAGAGAUGGGCUCGGUUGGUGAGUGAGUGGACAGUCCGAGUGUUUUGUUCCCCGCCCAGCUCCCCCGGGCAGCGAGCAGCCUUCCUCUGGCCCACCCCCACCCCCCAGCUUGCCUGCGUGCCAUGGAGCCCAAAGUGACCUCACCGGUGACGGCGGCCGAGAAGGUGGAUGGUUUCAGCCGCAAGUCAGUGCGGCGAGCGCGGCAGAGGAGAUCACACGGGUCCUCCCAGUUCCGGUAUCAGAGCAGUCAGGUGGAGCUCACCCCUCUGCCCCUCCUGAAAGAUGCCCCGGUUUCCGAGCUGCAUGACCUCUUCUGCAAGAAGCUGCAGCAGUGCUGCACCAUCUUUGAUUUCAUGGACUGCGUCGCCGACUUGAAGGGCAAAGAGAUCAAGCGGGCGGCCCUCAACGAGCUGGUGGAGUGCAUCGCCACGGGUCGAGGGCUGCUCAUCGAGCCCAUCUACCCCGAGAUCAUGAAGAUGAUCUCCCUCAACAUUUUCCGGACCCUUCCGCCGAGCGACAAUCCAGAGUUCGACCCAGAAGAGGAUGAGCCAAACCUUGAACCUUCUUGGCCCCACUUACAGCUGGUCUAUGAGUUCUUCCUGCGGUUCCUGGAGAGCCCAGACUUCCAGCCGGCCAUCGCCAAGCGAUACAUCGACCAGAAAUUCGUCCUCCAGUUGUUGGAGCUUUUUGACAGCGAGGAUCCUCGGGAACGGGAUUUUCUCAAAACUGUCCUGCACCGUAUCUAUGGCAAAUUCCUCGGCCUCCGAGCCUUCAUCCGGAAACAGAUCAAUAAUAUAUUUUUAUGGUUUAUAUACGAGUCCGAACACUUCAAUGGAGUGGCCGAACUGCUGGAGAUUCUGGGGAGCAUCAUCAACGGAUUUGCUCUGCCGCUGAAGGCUGAACACAAGCAGUUCCUGCUACGGGUCCUAAUACCUCUCCACACUUCGCGGACACUCUCUCUGUUCCACGCCCAGCUCGCCUACUGUAUCGUGCAGUUCCUGGAGAAAGAUGCCACGUUGACAGAGCCGGUUCUGCGCGGACUGCUGAAAUUCUGGCCAAAGACGUGUACGCAGAAGGAGGUAAGUGUGAUCAGCUGA